GAGAAUGAACCAUCAGCAGGAGGCGGUGAAAAUGUCCGCUUCGCCGCCGCCGCCGCCGCCGGAGCCCGGAGAAGGGCUCAUCACAGGGCGCCAAAGGAAGCUGGAGUCCAUGAUCCGGGACCCCCGGUCUCCGGUCAACGUGGAAAGUUUGUUGGAUGGCUUGAACUCUUUAGUUCUUGAUUUGGAUUAUCCAGCACUCAGAAAGAACAAGAACAUAGACAACUUCUUAAACCGCUAUGAGAAAGUUGUGGGGAAAAUUCGUGGUCUGCAAAUGAAAGCAGAAGACUACGAUGUUGUUAAAGUGAUUGGAAGGGGAGCAUUUGGCGAAGUACAACUGGUUCGCCACAAAACAACCCAGAAGGCUUUUGCAAUGAAACUUCUAAGUAAAUUUGAAAUGCUCAAAAGAUCAGAUUCAGCCUUUUUCUGGGAAGAAAGAGAUAUAAUGGCCUUUGCCAACAGUCCAUGGGUAGUUCAGCUUUCUAGUGCCUUUCAAGAUGACCGAUAUCUAUACAUGGUAAUGGAAUACAUGCCAGGUGGAGAUCUUGUCAACCUUAUGAGCAAUUACGAUGUGCCUGAGAAGUGGGCCAAAUUUUACACAGCUGAAGUCGUCCUUGCUCUUGAUGCAAUUCAUUCCUUGGGCUUGAUACACAGAGAUGUGAAACCUGACAACAUGCUGUUGGAUAAGUAUGGACAUCUGAAGCUUGCCGAUUUUGGUACUUGUAUGAAAAUGGAUGAAACAGGGAUGGUGCAUUGUGAUACUGCUGUUGGAACACCAGACUACAUAUCACCAGAAGUACUAAAAUCACAAGGUGGUGAUGGCUAUUAUGGGAGGGAAUGUGACUGGUGGUCUGUGGGAGUUUUCCUGUUUGAGAUGCUGGUUGGAGACACUCCAUUUUAUGCUGAUUCACUGGUAGGAACAUACAGUAAAAUAAUGGAUCAUAAGAACACGUUGCAUUUCCCAGAUGAUGUGGAAAUCUCUAAGCAUGCAAAGGACCUUAUCUGUGCCUUUUUAACAGACAGGGAAGUGCGUCUCGGGAGGAAUGGAGUAGAAGAAAUUAAAUCCCAUCUUUUCUUUAAGAACGACCAAUGGAAUUGGGAAAACAUUCGAGAGACUGCUGCACCAGUUGUACCUGAGCUGAGUAGUGACAUAGAUUGCAGCAAUUUUGAUGACAUUGAAGAUGAUAAAGGAGAUGUCGAAACUUUUCCUGUACCCAAAGCCUUUGUUGGAAACCAGUUGCCUUUUAUAGGAUUUACCUACUUUAGAGACAACCUGUUGCUAAGUGACUUUCCUGAGCUCUGUAGGGAAGCAGAACCCUGUAAGAACAACGUGGCAAGGAAAAAUGAGUCAAGGAAAAAUGAGUUUGCACAAUUUCAGGAAAAAGUAAACAAAUUAGAAGAUCAACUUCGCAAUGAAAUACAAGCCAAAGAUGAAGUCGAGCAAAAAUGCAGGACUAUUAAUAACCGUUUAGAGAAGAUAAUGAAAGAACUGGAUGAAGAGGUAACCUCAAGAAAGAAUCUAGAAUCUGUCUUAAGACAAUUGGAAAGGGAAAAAGCUCUUCUUCAGCAUAAGAAUGCAGAAUACCAGAGGAAAGCAGAACAUGAAGCAGAUAAAAAACGCAAUCUGGAAAAUGAUGUUAACAGUUUGAAAGACCAACUUGAAGAUUUGAAGAGGAGGAAUCAGAACUCUCAAAUAUCAAAUGAGAAAAUUAAUCAGCUGCAAAGACAGCUGGAAGAAGCCAAUUCUUUGCUGCGCACAGAGUCUGAUACAGCAGCCCGGCUGAGAAAGAACCAUUCGGAAAGUACAAAGCAGAUUCAGCAGUUGGAAGCUAAUAACAGAGAGCUGCAGGAUAAAAAUUGUGCCCUGGAAAAUACCAAGAUCAGACUUGAGAAGGACUUCCUCAAUAUGCAGUCAGCCCUAGAGUCUGAAAGAAGAGAUCGAAGUCAUGGGUCAGAGAUGAUCAGUGAUCUACAGGGGCGAAUAUCUAGUUUGGAAGAAGAAGUAAAAAAUGGGAAAAACACAUUAGCUAAAAUGGAGACAGAGAAAAGACAAUUACAGGAAAGAUUCACAGAACUGGAAAAGGAGAAGAGCAACAUGGAAAUAGAUAUGACUUACAAACUUAAGGUCAUGCAGCAGAACAUGGAGCAAGAAGAAGUUGAACAUAAGGCAACAAAAGCUCGGCUAGCAGACAAAAAUAAAAUCUACAAGUCUAUUGAGGAAGCCAAGUCUGAAGCCAUGAAAGAAAUGGAAAAGAAGCUCUCAGAGGAGAGAGUUUCAAAGCAAAAAGUAGAAAACUGCUUAUUAGAAGUUGAAAAACGGUGUUCUAUGUUGGACUGUGAUCUAAAACAGUCACAGCAGAAAAUAAAUGAGCUGCUUAAGCAAAAAGAUAAACUGAAUGAGGACGUUGAAAACUUGACCUUAAAAAUAGAACAGGAAACACAAAAGCGCUGCCUCACACAGAAUGACCUCAAGAUGCAAACACAGCAUGUCAAUGCACUGAAAGUGUCAGAGAAACAGUUAAAACAGGAGAAUAACCAUCUUGCUGAAAUCAAGCUAAGUUUGGAAAAGCAAAAUGCUGAACUCCGCAAGGAACGUCAAGAUGCUGAUGGGCAGAUGAAAGAACUUCAAGACCAACUUGAAGCAGAACAGUAUUUUUCAACAUUGUACAAAACACAAGUGCGGGAACUUAAAGAAGAAUGUGAAGAAAAAACCAAACUUUGCAAGGAAAUGCAACAAAAGAUGCAAGAGUUGCAAGAUGAGAGGGAUUCUUUGGCAGCACAACUUGAGAUUACCUUAACCAAAGCAGAUUCAGAACAGUUGGCUCGCUCCAUUGCUGAAGAACAGUACUCGGAUUUAGAAAAAGAAAAGAUAAUGAAGGAGUUGGAAAUUAAGGAAAUGAUGGCUAGGCACAAACAGGAACUUGGUGAAAAAGAUGCAACAAUUGCUUCUCUAGAGGAAGCAAAUCGUACUCUAACAAGUGAUGUUGCAAACCUGGCCAAUGAAAAAGAGGAACUGAACAAUAAACUGAAGGAAAUCCAAGAUCAACUUGUCAGCAUUAAUGAAGAAGAAGCUGGCAUAGACGUUCUCAAGACACAAUUUGAGAAACAAUUGGCCUAUGAGCGGACCAUGAAAACUCAGGCUGUCAACAAGCUGGCAGAAGUAAUGAAUAGGAAGCAGUUUGUCCAGCGAGGGGCUGAUACAGAUGUCCGAAGAAAAGAAAAAGAAAACAGGAAACUUCAUAUGGAGCUAAAGUCUGAACGUGAAAAGUUAACUCAGAUGAUGAUCAAGUAUCAGAGAGAGAUCAAUGAAAUGCAAGCACAAAUUGCAGAAGAGAGCCAGGUUCGAAUAGAACUGCAGAUGGCUCUGGACAGCAAGGACAGUGACAUUGAGCAGCUUCGCUCACAGCUUCAGUCCAUACACAUCGGUCUAGAUAGCACCAGUAUAUGUGGCCCUGUGGAAGCAGAAGCUGACGAUGGAUUUCCUGUUCGUAUCACUCAGUCCCACACCACGGAGUCUAUGUCUUUUACCUAUCAGCGCUCUUCUACCUCUGUCAGUAUUGCCACUAAGCCUUCGAGUACUCAUGUGUUUCUCAACUCUGAUUCUGACUCGGAGGAAGAACCGUUGUCUUCCACACAAGCCCCUUCAGAACCUGACAAUACAGAGUCAAGACUAGAGGGUUGGCUAUCCCUUCCUGCCCGAAACAACACUAAGAAAUUUGGAUGGGUUAAAAAGUAUGUGGUUGUAAGCAGCAAGAAGAUACUAUUCUAUCACAGUGAACAAGAUAAAGAGCAAUCAAACCCUUAUAUGGUGUUAGAUAUAGACAAAUUGUUCCAUGUCCGACCAGUCACACAAACAGAUGUGUACCGAGCAGAUUCCAAAGAUAUUCCUAGGAUUUUUCAGAUCCUGUAUGAUAAUGAAGGAGAAAGCAAAAGGGAGCAAGAAUUUGCUGUAGAGUCUGUAGGGGAGAAAUCAAAUUAUAUUUGCCACAAAGGACACGAGUUCAUACCUACUCUGUAUCAUUUCCCAACCAAUUGUGAGGCUUGUAUGAAGCCCUUGUGGCACAUGUUCAAACCUCCUCCUGCUUUAGAAUGCCGUCGCUGCCAUAUCAAAUGUCAUAAAGACCACAUGGAUAAAAAGGAAGAAAUUAUAGCACCUUGCAAAGUAAAUUAUGAUAUUUCAACUGCAAAGAAUCUACUACUGUUAGCCAAUUCUACAGAGGAACAGCAGAAAUGGGUGAGCCGUCUGGGGAAAAAGAUUCCCAAGAAGCCUCCAACACCAGAUCCUUUUGCACGAUCUUCACCAAGAACUUCCAUGAAGGUACAGCCAAACCAGUCUAUGAGACGGCCAAGUAGACAACUUCCUCCAAAUAAACCAAGAUUGCUUGAUUUGGCAUGUAAAGACUGGGAUUGGUCAUUUGAUGAUGUUGAUUUUGAUGAUAUUGAUGUUUUUGAUGAUGACGGUGAAAGCGAUGAUGAUAACGAUGUAUUUGUUCUGAAGAGCUAACUGCCUUCUGUGAAUGCAGUCCUUGUUGAAGGUGUCUUCUUCCAAUUGAAAUAAGACUGAAACAUCGUAUCCCAAAAUUUAUGAGAAAUUUAUAUAUAUGUUCCCGAAAGACAGUUAUAUAUAAAUAUAUAUACCAGAGGUUUACAGGGAGGUGGUUUUUUGUUGUUGUUGUUGCUGCAAUACAACUUACUAAUAAUUCCAGUGUGGGUUUUUAAAAUGUAAUUCCUCUGGAUGACCGAUUAAAUUAGGAAUGGUUGCUAAUAGUGCAAGGAUACGCCUAAAUUCUGUUUUGUCUUGGAAAGAUUCACACUACAUUUCAAAAAAGGAAUGGAGAGAGCAGGAAAACCUGAAGAAGCCAUCCCUCAUUCAGCUUUGUGUGGAAAAAUGGCACCAGCAAGUUUUGAUAGAAGACUAGUGGGGUAGGAGGGGAAACGGAUUCGUCACACUGAUGAAAACUGUAUUUUGAAGAAGUGACCAUUAUACUGUGUGUGCGAGGGUGUAUGUAUGUGUGUGUGUUUUGAUGUGUGUAUAUAUGUAUAUUGUACUGUAAUGCUGCAAGAGGGUUUUAAAAAAACAAAACUUUCCACUUUAUUUUUAUACAUAUUAUUCAUGUACCAUUAACUACAGUUGCAACUAUGCACUUGUAUAAAGCCAUACUGUUUAUAUAUAUCAUUCAUAUCUGUAUAGGGAAAGCUGCAUGACUGCAUUCAGCAGCAAAGUAUAAUGAAAAGUCCUGAAGUAUAUGCUCAUUUAGUUACUACUUCAUGGGCAAUCCUGUUUUACCAGUCUUGAAUGCCUUAAAUUAAUUGUGUUCCCUUAAAUGCUAUGCCCAUUCUAGAUAUUUAAGGGGGGGGGAGGAUACAGAGGUUUACCAGCUCUUAGGAUGCAAUUUUGCUUUGUGACAGAACAAAAUAGUGCACUAUGUUUACAUAUAAUAGUUUUAUAUCAGUGUCUGUCUAUUCUGAAUGUAUAUCUAAUGAGUUUGAAAGGGGAGGAGGGGUUGGUCAAGUAUUGAUUUCAGACAAUGAACUGGUAGUAUUAGAACUAAUAUAUAACUUUCCUGCAUUGGCAUAACUCUCCAUCUAACCUUCUGUACAAACCUCGAUAUUGGUCAUUUGACUUACGCCCUUAUUAAGUGCUACAGAAAUUCAUUCUGCCUUUCUUUUUUGCAUACUAUCCUAGUGUGUGUGUGUGUGUGUGUGUUUUAUUUCUGGAAAAAUACCUAUUAACUAUUUUUACAUUUUCACCGCACAAUAUCAAAGGACUGUCACCAAUCCUUAAUUGAAACAUACUGUAGAUGUAUUUUAAACUAUUUGAAGCCUGUUCUCUUGGCACAUAGCUUUAGGAAUAGGAAGAUACUUUCAGUUGUGUGUUUGAGAACAUAUAGCUGGGAGGGGAAAGCCUUGAAGGCACUUAAUCUGGUUUUUGGUUUUUGUAUGUGUACAAAAUAUAAUUUAUGUGAGCUCAUUCAUGCCAUGUCCAUAAUUUAUCCCAGCAGAUGCAUGUUUUAUACAACUACAGUAUGCUAUAAUGCUAAACAUGUUGGCAGUAAAAAAGUAAUAUUAUAGCUUCUUCCUUGGUCUCUUUUUUUAAAAGUAUGUAUACAUAUAUAUGCAUAUAUAUGUUGUGUGAUAGUGUACUAUUGAAAUACAGAAUCUAACAUUAAGUGAAGGAAAUGAGACAUUUCAUUAGAUUGUUUUCUUUAAUAGCUAGGUUUUUGGAAGGAGUGAUUAGUUUAAACAUCAUAGCCAUGAAAAUUGGAAUCUGGGCUAGAGUUCCAUAUGGGACAUCACUAAUCAGAACUCUUUGUACAUUUUCCAUUUAUUUCAGCAGGCUUUGUGUGCAGGAGUAGGAUACAGGAAGUUUAAGCUUAUGGCACACUGAGAUCUUCCCCAUUCAAACCCCAGUGAAAUGAGCAGGAAUUCAUUCCAGUGGGUCUUGAAUAGGAGAAGAUCCCAGUGAACCGGGCCUAUCUUUUAAAAAAAAAACUAAUACAUUGUGACUUACCCACUAUAUAUCCGAUUAUAUUGUUUAUACAGUUUAAAAGAAAGAAAGAAAAGCUGUGCAUCCCAUAACUUAUAAUUUAAAAUGUACCAUGUUGUUUCAGUUACCCUUAAAGCCCCAGUGGCACAGCAAAGGAAUAUUUAUCAUUUUGCCUGCUUGCUUUGAACAGCUGGAGUAUAUCAUAUUUUAAGAAAUGCAUAUUUUACAUACAAAACUUUUUAAACAUGUAUACAAUAAAAACUGUUUCCAUUCACUGAAGGCAUACAUAUUUUAUAUAAAAAUUGUUUUGUGAGAAGUUCUGAAUUGGGGGAAAAUAUAUAUAUAUAUUUUUAAAUAAACUAUUUGAGUAAGAUAAAAGAA